AUGGCACAAUUGUUAGCAAACCUAAACGACAAAGGGAAGGAUCUAGAAGGCGGCAGCUCAGAGCCAGAACUAGGACACCAGGAAGUUAACAGGAGAAGAAAGGUGCAGAAAGGAGUUCAGGACAGAUAUGAGUCCAGAGACUACAUAACACUCUCCAGGCUGCCUAAGGUGGAUCUGCCAACAUUCACUGGGGAGAACCCAAGGGAGUGGAUCAGGAAGGCCAAUAAGUACUUUAAGAUCAAUGGAGUGGAGGAGGAGAUGAAAUCUGAAGUUGCAGAACUCUAUUUCAGGGAUAAGGCAGAUAUAUGGUUCCAUGGAGUGUUUAAUGGCAGGGAUGCUAUUCCAUGGGAAGAGCUCUGCAAUGCACUAUGCAAGAGAUUUGGAGAUGGCUUUCCUGAGGAAGCCAUAGAAGAAUUCAAUAAACUGAUGCAGACAGGAACAGUAGCUGACUACUUGGAGCAAUUUGAAAUGCUCAAAGCCUUGGUAAUGCCUUCCUUUCCCCAUUUACAAGAUUGCUACUAUAAAACCUAUUUUCUUAGUGGAUUGAAAGAGGAGAUAGUAACCAUGGUAAAAAUGGCCAAACCUAAGACACUAGCAGAUGCCAUAGAGGUUGCCAAACUACAGGAGAGGAACCUGAGAGCCCUACAGAAGAUCCAUAAAACCACUUCCUAUAGCUCCAACUUCCAGAAACCUUUACUUAAAACCCCAAACUAUUCAAAAUCUCCUGACAAAUCCCCAAGCUAUCCUAAAUUCUUUGACAAACCGAUUCCCAAAACACACAACAACUACACCAAUACUCAGAACCAGUUCAAAAGACUCACCCCAGCAGAACUCAACCUUAGGAGGGAAAAGGGACUAUGUUUCAAAUUUACUGAACCUUAUACUAUAGGACAUGUGUGCAGACAGUCUCAUUUAAACCUGUUGAUAAUGGAGGAGGAAGGGAUGGCAACCACUGAGGUAGAGGGGGAGAAGAAAGAUGAGAAUGAUGUGUUCUGUGACUGUAUUGGAGGGGAAUUAGAAAACGAACACAUGGAAGUAUCCAUCCAUGCCUUAGCAGGGGGGAGUGAACACAAAACCAUCAGGAUCAAAGGGAUGAUUAAGGGAAAGGCCAUUGUUGCACUGGUUAAAAGUGGCAGUACACACUGUUUCAUUGAUGAGCAAGGAUAUGAGUUUCAACACCAGUUCAAUACACUGAGGUUGGGGGGGUGUGACAUGAUACUAGGAGUUGACUGGUUAGCCAGGUACAAUCCAAUGGAAUUUGACUUUAGAGGUCUAAGUAUGAAGUUCAGGAAGGAAAAACAACAGGUGAGUGCAGUGGUGGACAAGGAACCAGACCAGGAGCCAACACCACCAGAAAUGGAGAAGCUAUUGCAGGAAUUUAAGGAUGUAUUCCAAGAACCUCAGGGACUACCCCCUGAGAGGAGCCAGGAUCACUGCAUCACCCUUAAGGAGGGGGCAAAGCCAUUCCAAAUCAGGCCCUAUAGGUGUCCCUAUAUCCAGAAGACUGAGAUUGAGAAGCUAGUGCAGGAAAUGCUACAGACUGGGAUCAUUCAGCUAAGCAGCAGCCCCUUUGCUUCACCAGUACUUUUGGUCAAAAAGAAGGAUGGCUCAUGGAGGUUUUGUGUGGAUUACAGGCAGCUCAAUGAACUAACAGUCAAGAACAAGUUCCCUAUUUCCCUUAUUGAUGAGUUACUGGAUGAACUACAUGGAUCCAAAUACUUCACUAAAAUUGACCUCAGAGCUGGGUACUUCCAGAUAAGGGUAAGGAAGGAAGACAUACCCAAAACAGCUUUCAGAACACACCAAGGGCUAUACAAAUUUAAGGUCAUGCCAUUUGAGCUCACCAAUGCACCUGCAACUUUUCAAGGUUUGAUGAAUCAGGUUUUCCAGAAGCAACUCAGGAAGCGUGUUUUAGUAUUCUUUGAUGAUAUACUAAUCUACAGUCCUACACUAGUAGAGCAUGUGAAGCAUGUCACUGAGGUCCUGGGGAUUAUGAGACAACACUAG